AUGAUGCUGUGGUACAGCAGCAUGCCAAGGUUCGCCAUAUUCAAGCCUCAUCGUCCGAGUUUCGUCUCUCUCCAUGCUCAGCUGCGCAGGCAGGUCUGCCGUAACCUACAGACCUCAGGGAGGAGCAGACUUCUACAUCCCCUCGUGCUGCCGCAAUGGCGAAGACCGUGCGACCACGCCGGAGCAGCAGGAGCAGGAUCCGGGGCAGGAGCAGGAGCAGGAGCAAGGCUGCUAUCAAGCAGCCCCCCGCAGAACUUCUGGCAUGAUCGCACUUUCCUCGGGGCAGCAGCAGCGAUGUCACUGGCUGUGUCCUCAAGCAACGUGCUCGUGCUCUACCCGAUCAACGACUGGUUCACUGCUGGGACGCUCACCUACCCCGUCACCUUCCUCAUCACUGACGUCUGCAACAAGUUCCUGGGCAAGGCAGCGGCUGACCGAGUCGUCAUGUCCGGCUUCGCCCUUGCCAUGCCUAUCUCCUUCUUCCUCUCCGGCCCUCGGAUCGCCAUCGCCUCUGGCACCGCAUACCUGACCUCUCAGCUCCUCGACGUUCGGAUCUUCGAUCGCCUCCGCCAUCGCACAUGGUGGGUGGCGCCGCUGGUCUCGACGCUGGUGGGGUCAGCGGUGGACAGCUCGCUCUUCGUCACCAUCGCCUUCCUCGGGGAGCCGGUGCCAUGGGUGACGUGGGGGAUCGGCGACUUCGCCAUGAAGGUCAUGAUGGCGCUGGUCAUGCUGAUGCCCUUCAAGGCCAUCACUGGCAGCAUCAUGCGCAGCAGCAGACGCUCCUGGCAUCUGCCGAUCAGCAGGAGUCUUGGGAGGGGCGUGGGGAACUUGCUGUCAGAGUUGAUCAGGGUAGGGGGCAAGCUGUCUCCUGCCCUCCCCACGGCUGGUCAGGAGCAGGUGGGGACGAGGCGGUGGGCUCCGAGCUGGAUGUCUGGGGAGAGGCGCGUGUCGUCGAGGAGCUUCAAGAUGUUCCAUCCUACUGUGGACUGGCAGGCGGUGGAGGACGACCAUGUGCUGCCUCCUGGGCUGGAGAUCAGGAUGGAUGUGAGCAGCGGGCUGAGGUACGCGCGUCUUCCUCCUCAGGUGAGAUGGGAGGGGUGGGACCAGCAUGUCGUGACGAGAGUGCAGGAGGAGGUUGUACAGAGAAGUCCGCGCGAGGAAGAGGAGGAGGUGAGUCCGAAAGAGCAGGCCCCGGCUCAGAGGGUUGUGGACGUUGAGGUGAAGGAAGAGAAAGAGGAGGAGCUUGAAUAUGUUCCGCACGUCAACGUCGAUGAUUUUGACUACGAGCUGCCCGCUGAAAGGAUCGCCGUCCGCCCUUGCAACCCGCGGGAUCAGUCGAAGCUCCUGCUCUGUGUGGGAGACGAGCUUCUUCCUCGCUUCGCUUCUCUUCCUCCUCCCUCCCUCUCUGUCAACGGCUCGCACAUCUUCGACCUCAACUUUAUCGACGUUCCGGACUUCUUCCCCAAGAGCUCUCUCCUCCUCCUCAACGACUCCAAGGUGAUCGCCGCCCGAAUUCCCUGUAGCAAGAAGGACACAGGGGGAAGGUCUGAAGUCUUCCUGCUCUCUCCUCUCCUCCCCAGCAAGGAUCCUCCUCAGGCUCUCCGAGCGAGCUCGGGGGAGGCUGUGUGGAAGACGAUGAUCCGUGGGAAGCGGAUUGAGGUUGGCGACAUCCUCGUGAGCCAGUCCAUGGGAACCGACGGCACCAACAGCGCGCAAGUUCAUGUGGAGGCUGAGGUGUUGGAGAAGGAUGGAGCAGACGCUGUGGUCAGACUCCGCUGGUUCAAUGCGAGCUCCAGAGCGCAAGGGGAGCAGCAGCAGCAGCAGCAGCAGCAGCAGCAGCAGCAGGAAUCGUCUCCUCUCUUGCUGCAUGAGGUGCUGAAGCAGAUCGGGCGCGUUCCUCUCCCUCCAUACAUCAAGCGCGAGGCGGACAAGGAGGACCUUGUGACCUACCAGACCAGCCACGCGCAGCACGAGGGGAGUGUAGCUGCUCCGACCGCUGGCCUGCACUUCAGCGAGAGGGUGAUGAGACGGAUGUCCGAGCAGGGGACGGAAACUCUGCGGGUGACGCUGCAUGUUGGUGCCGGGACGUUCAAGCCAGUGGAAGCGAAUGACGUGGCCAAUCACGAGAUGCACCACGAGCGAAUCAUCGUCAACGUCAGCACAAUGAAUGGAAUCAAGCAGGCGUUGGAAUCCAACAAGCUCAUCGUUCCUGUUGGCACCACAACCGUUCGAACCAUCGAGUCCCUAUACUGGUGGGGCGUUAAAGUGCUGCAGGGCGAAGUGGAGGAGGAUGCGAAGGAGAUUUCAGUGUCUCAAUGGGAUCCGUACAGGCUGGAGAGGAAGGUGGGGGGAUGGGACAGACUGCCAUCAGCACAAGAGUCGCUAGAUGCUGUGCUCUCAUGGAACAGACAUGUCAAUCUCGGAGACUUUGUCGUCGGAGAAACGCAGCUCAUUAUCGUUCCCGGAUAUCGUUUCGCGUUGUGCGACCUGCUCUUCACAAACUCACACCAGCCACGAUCGACCCUGCUGAUGCUGGUCUCGGCAUUCGUGGGAGGACAAGACAAACUAAAGAGCUUGUACCAACACGCCCUGCACAACAACUUCAGGUAA